UUAAUAGAAAGAUAAGACAGCGAAGCCGUAGAGAAUAUUAACAGGAUUCGAUUAUAACGGGUUUGAACAUUUCUGUGUUCAUAGACGAUCGGCUAUUGAAUAUCAAAUUUCGUGUCCGAGUGUAUGUUUGUUCAAUACGAUCGAAAUCUGAUAGGAGUAUUGCAUGAAUCCAUUAAUUUAUGCAAUUAACCGGACGACGAUCCAGCUAGGGAACAAGUCGACUGAAUGUUAUCUAAAAAUUAUUUCAAAUACGUAUGUAAGUAAUAUUUUAAGUAUCUAACUGUACAUAUCGUAGGAGAAUUACGAUAUUUAUUUGGUCCUUUGCAACGAUUAAUCAAACGUCUAACACGAGGAAUAACUUUUUGAUAAUAAUUGAUAGACAUUCACUCGACUAAAUUAGAUGAAAUAUUUUAAAAGAGAAUCGUAAGAGAUAAGACGAGGACGUAGAACGACGACACAAAAAAGUCGAUUCGGUUCUUCGGCAGGUUCUUGAACUUGGAUGAUGAUCGAGCAAAGUGGUGGGACCAGGUAUCUUUUCCUGGUCGAUGGUACUCGCGGAGGUCAUACCUCGCUCGUCCUUCGUAUAGUCAAGACGUUCCUUCUAACAUCUCUCUUUGCUUAGAUCGCAAAAGAUAAUAUAAUAGAAAAAAUCGUUACGUUUAAUUCGCAUAUUUCAAGGAAUUAAUCUAUAAUUAUACUUUUAAAAGCCGUGGUAACGAUGUUCUCGAUUAACAUGAGAUUGUUCAAGACGACAACUCUUUUAUUAUUAUUCGCAUUUGUUGGAACUUACGUAAGGUGUUUGCCAAUUGAGGAAUCCCUAUCUACAACUUCCUCUUCGUUAUCGACAACGACAACACUUGCUAACUCCGGUGAUCAUUAUGAUCAAAGACAAAAUGGUACCGACAAUUAUCGUAUUCACGUUGACGGCGUAGUCGUGGUCGUUGCACCAGUCGAAGCACUUUUGUUGGCAGGUGAUGUCGUUGGCACCAAUCAGUCUGAUAUAUCAUUGUUGGAAUCUACCUUGUACAAUUCCAAACCAGAAGAUGAGAAACCAAAUAUCGAACAUUCGGAGAAACCGACUGUCUCACCGAAAUCUACACACAGAUCCAGUUUACGUUUAAUGAAUCUACUUGCUCCCUUUAUACGCCGUCUUUAUCACAAAGAAUGAAUCCGACACUGACUUCUAAAAAGAUCUUCCAAGACUUAUUUCUUACUGUAAUGUAAUAUAAAAAUGUGAUAUAUAAUCCAUUACUUAUGAUAUAGAUAUUUUAUAUAUAUAUAUAUGUACGUAUAUUAUUUUAAAGGUAUUCUUGAUUAUGCCUUCGUUAAUAGAUUUACUAUAUAAUAAAU